AUGGAUGGACGUACAAACGUCAACGUCACGUUUCUAUUGGUUCGUUGCUAAGUUGAUUGGUGAAAGGAACCGGCUGUCAACUAUUUAGAUAGUGGGAUGGAGGUUGCUUGGCGGCAUGCUCAAAACACACGGAGGAUGGACUCGGUUCGUAGUGGAAAUAUCUGUAGGCGUUUCCUAAAUGGCUCUUGCAGAUUUGGUCCGAGGUGUAAUUAUCGACAUGAAUGGCCAGUUACACCAUCAGCCCAAAUAUGUAGGUACUUUCAGAAAGGUGGAUGCUGGUAUGGUGAACGCUGCAGGUACCUCCAUGUCCUUCAACCUGAAGUUGAUGCCGCUGUUGCAGGUAGAAGAGGUUCAAUGCCUACCGUCUCCUCCUCCAGUGUGGCUUACGCUCCACCUGACAGAAGAGGGUCAGAGCCUGCUCUUCUGCAGGCCGAAGUGACGUUCAGGCAGGAAUGCAGCAGAUCAGAGUUAAUGGUUAAUGUCUCUAAUCCUCAACGCCAUAUUGGGCGCCUAACAGCAGAUAUUGCUGAGGAACAAUCGCAAGAUACUGGCUCUCAUCUAACUGCUUCUUGGGAAUUGGCCCAGAAUUCAGAAGUUACUCAAGCAUGUGCAUGUGAUGGAAGAAAUAAGCAGGAGACUUCUUCCAAUGAGAUGACAGAGGAUGGUGGUGCUGCUGCGGCCUCGAGUACCCAGGGCGAAGUACAGGAAAUGGAGGCCUUCCUCCAGAGUAAAAAUGUGACCUGUGGCAUCUGCAUGGACAAGGUGUAUGAAAAGACAGAUCCAAGAAACCAUGUCUUUGGAAUUUUGCCCAACUGCUGUCACUCCUUCUGUUUACAAUGCAUCAUGACCUGGAGGAAAACAAAAGACCUUGGGCCGGACGUGGUAAAGAGCUGCCCGCAGUGCAGAGCGAGGUCUGCCUUCUAUGUGCCUAACAAAUACUGGGUUGAAGGACAAGCAAAGGAAAGAGUAAUUGCUGCCUUCAAAGAGAAAUUCAGUAAGAAAAGCUGCAGUUACUAUACGCGGUACAGAUGCUGCCCCUUCAAAACGGAGUGCCUUUAUCGGCAUGACAAACAUGCACGUCGCAGGUCAUUUCCGUAUCCUGAAGAUGAAGAGGACUACGAUGGCGUAGAUCUGCUUAAUCUUUUCAUAGCCAUGACCCUUCUCGGUGGUGACGAUGAUGACGACGACAAUGACUUUCCUUUUUACCUGUCUGAGGAGUAUGGUUUCUGAGCUUUUUCAUUCUUUUUGUCAGUGCCUGAAACCACUGAAUGGGGUCUUUAAUUAUAAAAAUGGCCCUAGAAGAACACAUGGCUGUGUUUUGACCCUUCUGUCAGUAUUGAAACAUCUUUAGUAGCCAUGUUCAAGAUCAGGGAUAUCAACCGUGCACCAUGGAGGGCCAAAUGUGUUAAGUUUUCAAUUACAGUCAGACUACAGCAGGUAAUUUUACAGACUAGCACUCCAGCCAAAGAGGAACUAACCUGUGAAGUCACCUGCUACAGUCUGUUCGGGAAUGAGACCUUGUACAUUUGGCUCUCCACAGCACAUGGUUUGUUGCCCCUGCUGUAGAAGUAAGCACCCCAGAUGGGACACAGCUUUAAUCUCUCAUGACGUUGUGGUUAAUCUGUGGACUUCUAGUUUGGAUUUAUUUCACCCUGCUGUGGCCAUAGUGCUUCAAACAUGUUGCAGAUUGUUAAUUUUGAGUGCUCACUUCUGUCCUAGCAAUUUGCACCAUUUUGAUAUUUUAAAGUGUUGUGUGGAUGGUAAUUUUUAAUUGUCUAUAGAUAAAAAGUAUCCUGUACCCCUUCUUGCUAAUGUCCACCACUGAUGGAUACCUGUCUCAAGUGAGUCAUGACAACCUUUUUCCUAGUUUUGGCAAGAACAUUAAAUGUUAAGAUUUUAUUUCUUUUAAACAAGUUGUACUUGUACACAGAAAAUAAACAUUGCUUCACACAUUGUCUCACUGAAAA